AUGGUACAACCAGAUGUCAGCAUUGACUUCGACGGGAGCACUGCUUCAGAUAAGCCAAGGCUGACCUUGUUCUCAUCAAAAGGCCUACGGUUUCCGUCACCGACAGUGCCAUUUCCAAGUUGGAUGGCCUGUUUGUUUGGUAACUGGUUGAGGCCCAAGGCUCUGUCGCGUCGACGCCCUCCGGCAAGUCGGCAUGUCCUGCAAGGAGAGCUGGCCAUGACCGCAUUGGGGUGGCUAAACCUUGGAACCGUCAGCCUGAUCUCCAGGCCGCAGCAAAACGCUGCCUCCCAACAUGCAAGGAUUUCCGUUGCAUAG